CUCCACUUUCAUCUACCUAGUCUGCGCUUGUGCAUCACUGCCUAUUCUCUCUGAAGCUUGUUUACCGGCGCGGAAGAACAACAUGGCGGACAAGGCAGUCACCAUCAGAACCAGGAAGUUCAUGACAAACAGGCUUCUAUCAAGGAAGCAAUUUGUCAUUGAUGUUCUUCAUCCAGGAAGGGCCAAUGUUUCCAAGGCUGAACUCAAAGAGAAGUUAGCCAGAAUCUAUGACGUGAAGGACCCAAACACUGUUUUUGUCUUCAAGUUCAGAACACAUUUUGGAGGAGGAAAGUCUACUGGUUUUGGUUUGAUCUAUGAUUCUGUUGAGAAUGCAAAGAAGUACGAGCCAAAAUACAGACUUAUCAGGAAUGGGCUUGAUACUAAGGUAGAGAAGUCAAGGAAGCAAAUGAAGGAGAGAAAGAACAGGGCCAAGAAGAUUCGUGGAGUAAAGAAGACUAAGGCUGGUGAUGCUGCCAAGGCUGGAAAGAAGAAAUAAGUUUUCAGGCCUUUUGUUAUGAUAUUAAAGUUAUUUUAUUGUUGGUUUUUCUUUGAGACUAUUUUAUAGUCUUAUAGCUUUCUAGAACCAAGGAUUUUGAUUUAGUUAUCUUUUGUACUUUAACAGUUAUGUCUUGAGAUUGAGUACCAUCUGUGACCAGUUUUGAUUAUUCAGCUGAACAUUUUAUA